CUCCUCUGCGAGCCAGCCGAGAUCCCCGGGGAGGAAAAGGCCAGUGCAAAGGAGGCAAAGGGGACCAACACCAAGUGGUGGCCAGGCCGCAAGCAGAAACGCCCCACAAGGAAUGGCAAGUGUGACCUGACUGGCUGGUGGGAGAACGACCUGGGCUCUAGGAUGCAGGUGUCCGCAGUCGACAGCCAGGGCAACUUCACUGGCGAGUACCACACUGCUGUGUCAAGUGCCCAGAAACCCAUCCAGCCGUCCCCCCUUGUUGGCUCCCAGCAUUUGGAUGAGGAUGGGCAGUGCACCUUUGGCUUCACCGUCAACUGGAAGAAGUUUUCUGACUCCACAGCUGUCUUCGUGGGCCAGUGCUUUGCUGGGGAUGAUGGGGACGAGGUCCUGCAGACAUCCUGGCUGCUGCGAGAGAAGGUUGACUCCCUGCCCGAUGACUGGAAAGCCACCAGGUGA